UUUGAAAGAGAGGUCUAAAAUGUUCAACCUGAAACCCUAUAUCGUCUUUAAUAUAGAAAGAGCACAAACAGUUAUAGCAGUCGAUAUAACCGUAUCAUUAUGUAAGUUCCUGUACUCAGUGCUGCAACAUACCAGACUUACCAAAAAAGACUUUGGGAUAAUUACAUCCUCUGAUGAAAUAAGUAAAAUCAAAGAAGGCUUAGCUAACAUCAAACUUGAAAAAAUGGAAGUGGACACCGUAACUGGUUUUCAGGGUCGUUCUAAAGAAAUCAUUAUCUUAUCUUGCUCAGGAAGUAGCACUGAUAAAAAUGGAUUUCUGACAUGUCAUAAGGAAUUGAAUGUGGCUUUAACCAGAGCUAGGAUUGCACUAUACGUUGUUGGAAACCUUGAUACGCUAUCUAAGGAAAACGAGGCAUUUCAGAAAUUGGUAAGAGAUGCCAAAGACAGAGACAUUUUACGGGAAGUCAAAGAAGAUUAUGUUUCAAAUGAUAUUUUUCGUACAUGCCUAUCUGUAAAAUCCAGACUAGGACAAUGACUUUAUUUCAAAACACAUGCAUUUUGAAGUUAUGCCUUUUUUUACAUUAAGUCACGUACAGUCUAAUUUGAAAUAAAUAGUUGACGUAUACUACAACAAUUUAUCAAAUUUCAUAGUAUGCUGCUACAGAAACAAAACCAAGAUCUCUUUGGUACAGGGAUGGGG